CGCUAGAGUCCGCUUCUUUGUUUGUUACGUCGACGGAAAAGGAAGUGAAGAACUGAACUUUGUUGCUGCUGUGAAGUCGACAUUUGCUGGCUAUGAAAUGACAGCUGUUCCUGAGUCCUGCUCCCUGUCCCGUAUCCCAGGCUGUCCGACUGACCCAUGUAUUCACCAUGAUACUGAGCUGCAGCGCGCUGGUCUUCGCCCUCUUGCUGUCGCAGACGAGAAGCUUCCUGAGUCCCUCAGAGGAUGACGGUGUCCCUGAAGAGUGGGUGCUGCUCCACGUGGUCCAGGGCCACAUCGGGGCCGGAAACUACAGCUAUCUGCGCCUCAACCACGAUGGGAGAAUCGUCCUGCACAUGCAGAGCCUUAAAGGAGACGCAGACCUGUAUGUGUCGGAUAAAACCCUCCACCCGAGCUUCGACACCUACAAGCUGCAGUCGGCCACCUGUGGCCACGACGUGGUGGUGGUUCCGGGGGACUUCACGAGGCCUGUGGGCAUCGGCAUCUACGGCCACCCUUCUUACAAGGAGAGCGAGUUUGAAAUGCGGGUGUUUUACGAUCAGACAGCACAGCAGGACCCGUUUGAUAAGGGCUCGUAUGCUUCCAGUGACGAACGUAAGGAAAAGACAUCUGGGCAGGCAGCAGAGGAUGACUUUCAGGAAGAAGAGUCGAUCUUUUGGACUAUUCUGAUUGGACUCUUAAAGAUAAUACUUGAAAUUUUGUUUUGAAGAUGACUUCCUUUGCUGCUGCUGUAAUGCAGGGAUAGGUCUGUUCUGGGCUCAGUCAGCCAAUCGGGGAGGGGGGGCAUCUUCUGUCUGCAAUCAGAAUGACACAGGUUGAAUGGUACAAACUUUAUUGGAUCAUUGUGAAUUCACAGGUGAAGCAGAACUGUUUGAUCAGGGCUGUAUGUUUGAUAAAAAAGCUGGUUAGACCAGACGGAGGUCACGUUGUCAUGGUGCCAGAAUGAAAUGUGUUGAAGUGCAGCUCAUGCUUUGAUUUUGGGUUUUUAACCACAAGGACAGGAGGCGAUUAUCUCUGGAUUCAGGUUAGGUUUAAUCUAAUGCUCUGGCUGUCCAUCAGUCACUGUUAUCCCAUCAUUAAAUAACGCGCUCCUCAUUCUUACACAAAAGCAUUUUAACUUUUGAAGGAUAACUUUUUUUGCUCUCAUCCUCUUUUAUGACAUUUUCUCAGUUUUUACAUAAUUUUGCUAACGGCCUUCUUGGUUAUGGAGCCACAAUAGUGACAAGUAUUGUAAUUUCAUCCAAGUACAGCUGCAAAUCACAUGUACAAGUCUGAAAACGUUUAUAGCUUAUAGAGGAACUGGCUAAUAGAGACGUGUUUUUCUCUCCAGAAAGAAACUUUUGAGUUUCCAUAAACAGACUCACCUUUAGGGAGCUGGGGCAGUCGCGCUGGCGUAGUGGUAGGAAGCCUGUUUCCCUCACUGGGAAAUUAAAACUACUGGCAAAGUAUUUACUAACCAAGAUGAAAAAAAAUCGUUAUGAGAUUAAAUUGUGACAUUUUUUUUAUCCCAUACUUAUAAGAUACUUUGACAAUAUUUUUAAUUUACCUGUGGUGGGACUGGGCUUCCAUAUUAUAGUACUUGUUCACAAGAGGUGACGUUUGUGGACACAGAAGACCUCCACCCUCUUCUGUCAUUAAUUCUUUAGUCAAGAGUGUAAAAUAUGGGACAAAUGUGCUGUACUUGUUAUUAACUUGUGUUUUCUGACUGUAGCUGUACUUGUUCUUAGUUUCAAAUAAGUCCCUGUCUUAGCUCCAUACUGUCGCCUGCAUCCACAUCAGUUACUUGGAAGAAAUGAAGCUGCUUUCAUGAAACCUGAAGCUAAGCUCAUUCACUGGCAGAUUACUGCAUCAUCUCUUCUAAUCUAAUCUCAUUUUUGGCACAAUUUCUUUUAAUUGGAAGCUUUCAGGGGACAGAGCUUAAUGAAUAAAAUCAGCUCCCAGAAAAUUCAGGAAUACCAGAAAUUUGCCUACAGGACUCCAGUCCUGCAGCCCACCAGGGUCUGUGUUUAUUGAUGUCAGGACAAAAUUAGUAACACAGUCCUUAGUCUUUUAGAGAUUUUAAUGGAGGUGGACUGACAGAUCCUUUAAAUUUAUUUGCAUUUUAUUAGCUGUUCAAGAUGUUUUGUUUAUCCAGACUGAAAAACAACAGGUUUAUGAAUAGAUUGCUAACAUUUUAACACUAGUAGCAACAUUUUAUUUGCUUUCAUCGUCUUGGUUUUGCCUGUUGGACGCAACUGUUU